CUUUUAUGUCUUGGACCGUGGCGUCUUCGAAGAAAAUAAUAAACAGUGUUCCAAGCAACUCACUUUGGUCCAAGCAGUGCAUCAGCCGAUGCCUGUCGCCUGGACAUUCCCUGCAGUCUCUUAGGCAUGUUUCAUCACAUCCAGUUUUUGCAUACAGAUUUGUGGAAAGGGGUUUCCAUGGGAUCAGCCAACCAAGAUGCAGCCAAAAACAUCACAGGAAAGAAGAAGAAAAAGGAAGAUCAAGAGAUUUCAUCAGCAAGCAGAAAAAGUUGAAAAGUGCAUUUAAGGCUAAAGUUGCAGAUAUUAGUGAAGACAUAAAGACUGUGCCAAAUUUGUUAACCCUGUUGCGAAUGUUGUCUGCUCCAGUGUUAGGAGGCUUGGUUGUUUAUGAGCAGUUCAGUUUGGCUGUGGGAUUAUUUGUCAUGGCAGGGAUUACAGACUUGAUGGAUGGCUAUAUUGCACGGAAUUUCAAAAACCAGAAGUCUGUGUUAGGAACAAUGAUGGAUCCAUUGGCUGACAAAUUGUUGGUUACUAUGUUAACAGUUACCUUGGCAAUGGUGGAUUUAAUUCCAGUUCCCUUGGUGACGCUGAUCAUUGCUCGGGAUGUGGGACUCAUAGGCGCUGCCUUCUACAUCCGCUAUUUAUCAUUACCUCCACCAAAAACAGUUUCCAGAUAUUUUGAUCUGACACUACCCACAGCCAAGUUAUACCCUUCAACAUUAAGCAAGGUGAACACAGCUCUCCAGCUCUCCCUCGUGGCUCUGACACUGGCUGCCCCUGUCUUUGGUUAUGUAGACCAUAAUUACCUACAUGCCUUGUGGUACAUUACUGCAGCGACUACCAUUUCAUCAGGACUUCAGUAUGUGCUCAGCGCCAAAAGUUUUUUUAAAAUUCUCCAGCGAAGCUCUGGUGGCGAGAAACCCUUUCAACAUAAGAAGAACUGAGCACUUUCUAUUGUGCUCUUGCAUUAUUUUGUGUACAAACUACCUUAUGCAUGCAUGUAUCUGGUGUAUAUUUUCUGAAAAUCUCUUACAUUGAAAAUCAUGAUGAAUUUUAGAAUGUGUACUGAAAGACUGGAAUUUGGUUUGAAAUGAUUGGACUUUUUAUUCCUUAGCCAGCAUUGACUUGUCCAUCCAUUUUAUAUGCAUCUCUAUUGUUUCGUUUUUUUUGUAUGUUUUUUUUUUUUGUCAAGACUAGUUUUAAUGUAACAUUAUUCAUAACCAUGGAUUAUUUUUAUAUCUUACACAAUAUUUUUUACCAUUUGGCCUCUGGAAUACAGCACUUAAAAUGCCAGUUAAUCAGUGAAAAUGAUGGUUUACAAUGUUAAGUCAGUACCUUUUCCUGUAUCUGUUAAGACCAGUGAACUUAAGACUGUUUUAUUUUGAUGCUGCUUUUUUUAUAUGUAUUCUUAUUGUUCAGUGCAUUUGAUGGCCCACAAUGUUAGGGAAAAAAUUUCCUUUUUAUUUUAUUGGGGACCUCCGUGGCUCAGUCUGUUAGCGCUCUAGCGCAGCGUAAUAAGCCAGAAGCCUCUCACCAAUGCGGUGGCUGUGAGUUCAAGUCCAGCUCAUGCUGGCUUCCUCUCCAGCCGUAAGUGGAAAGGUCUGUCAGCAACCUGUGGAUGGUUGUGGGUUUCCUCCGGGCUCUGCCCGGUUUCCUCCCACCAUAAUGCUGGCCGCCGUCUUAUAAGUGAAAUAUUCUUGAGUACGGCAUAAAACACCAAUCAAAUAAAUAAAAAAAUAAAUGUUUAUUUUAUUCAGUAUUUGUUGUUAUUCAACAUAUUUUAUCACUAGAACUGCCAAACAUUUACAUACCUUUCUUAAGUUUAUUUGUAAGUAUAUCCAUGCCUUACGGUUGAGAUAAGAGAUGAGACAUGUAGACAUGUAGCCCCAUGUAUAUCUUACUCAAAUUACGAUGUUGUAUAUGCCACAGUUUUGCUCUAAAGAAGCAGACAAAUUACAUGCACAGGGUAUAUAUCUUUUCUAUAUGUUUUAAAUGACUGAUAGAAGAAAUCAAUUUGAGGUUUGUGAUAUGUAUCAUGUACAUGUGUGAAUACAAGGAAUUUGUAAAUACAUGUACCUGUACAACCAACUUGCCAAGUUAAAAGGAAAGAAUGGUUUCAAAGACAGUUCAAAUACCUUUACAUAUGUAUGUGUUUUAACUUUUUUUUAUUUUGGUUGAAUAAAAUGAAUUCUAAUGUUUGAAUUCUAUGGCAGGAUUUUUGGACCGGGUUAAUCAGACCAUUUUUUUUUUUUCAUUCCUGCUACAGUAGUCGUUUGUAACGUUGGAAUAGCUUUCUCUCGUGCCUGAGUAAAUGUCACAAGAAUUUGAUGAAAAUAUAAGUACAAAACUCAGUUUCACACCACUGGUAUCAAACAUUAACAGUAUGGUCUGUAAAGCCAACCAUAAAAUUCAAGUUUUUAAUUGCAUUUUUUUCAGCUAAGAAAAUCUUAAAAAAUAUAAAUAAAGGUAGUUUGGGAUAAGUUUCAUUGUCUUUCUGCACGCUUUUACUUUGUGGGGGAAUUUUUUCAGUUCAAAGCUUGUUUUAGAUAGCUUUUUAGACAGCUCCAUUGUUUGAAGUACCUUGUGCAUGUUGUAGCCUGUUCAGUCUGGAGGUUGUAUUUAUUUAUUUAUUUGAUUGGUGUUUUACGCCGUACUCAACAAUAUUUUACUUAUACCACGGCGGCCGGCAUUAUGAUGGGAGGAAACCGGGCGAAACCCAUGACCAUCCGCAGGUUGCUGACAGAUCUUCCCACUUGCGUCCGGAGAGAAAGCCAGCAUGAGCUGGACUUGAACUCACAGCAACCGCAUUGCUGAGAGACUCCUGGGUCUUUACGCUGUGCUAGCGCACUAACUAACUGAGCCCUGGAGGUUGUAGGAAUACAGUGUGUUGUUAUACAAGAACAUUGCCGGAUACUUCCCAUGAUCUUAAUAGCUGAAAGAUGUAACUUCCAUACUUCCUGUUCCAGUAUGGAUUAAACCAUUUAUCAUGUCCUGUGCAAAAAUCCAUACAUGUCUUAAUUACAGUGACCUUUACUGGUAAAAAUACAAAUAAGGUAAAUUCACUGGAAUGAAGGUAGUGUACAGAUAGUUUGCAGUGUUCCAAAAUUAAAAGAGCGUAGAAAUAUUACCUGCACAACCUGUUUAAAAACAACAGAAUUAUGCAGCUUGGUGGUACAUUGAAGUUUACAAGAUUUUGGCGAACAUGCCAAUCAAUGAAAUCAGUUUUAGGAAUGAGAAGUAGAAGCUAGAAAGCUGUUCUUUGAAAUACUUCAAAGCAUUUUUUGAAACAAAUGCCAGUGAUAAGUCAAGACAAAUUAUUUUCUCCAAUUACCCUAUUAAAAUGACCUAAAUUUCACCCACAAAAGGAUAUAUUUAGAGGCAAAUAAAUUUCACUGAGUAUUAUUUUUGGUGCUGAAACUUAGUUUUCCCAGUAGAAUAUGCAAACAAGCCUCAAAACACCUUUCUAAAAUCAAUAAAACUCUCAGAAUCAGGACAAAUGAGCAAGUUUGUCAUAGACGAAAUUUCUGGUCAUUUACAGUAAUUCCCAUAUGAAAUUUCCAUGUUAACUUUUCUGCCUAUGUUUUCAAGGGUGUGAAAAAGAACAGCUUUCUACUUUUAGGUUUCAUAUCUUUGUGCCAGAUCAGUAUGAAACUGUGCCACAUGGCUUAGUUGUAAUCUUGUGAUGGUUCCAGUACCAGUAUUAUUGGCCCUGGGUAAAAACCCACUCUAUUGUAUGUGUACAAUAUUUAUUCUGUACAGCAGAACUGCUAUUCUAUUGUAUAAACAUGUAUAUAUAAUAUUUAUGCUUUGUGGUUAAAAGCUCUAAGUACAGCAUUUGAGCUUUGUGAUGAAUCAAUAUA